AUGGACCGUGCUUUCCAGGGGGGCUGCCACACACGCGACACGGACUCGCCUCGGAAAUUGAAUCGCAAGCACGCGUUUCCCACCAUCAACGAAAUAGAAUCGCAAGAACCUACAGAGCGGCUCCGCGCCGCAGACUCCCACUUCAGGCCAGAAGCGCAAGCGAACCACUGGACCCGCGACUGGAAGCCCUCGAACCUCAUCCCUGACGGAUCUCCGGGGGACGCUGCGGAUGCCGCACCACUCACCGAGCCAAAGAGGAAAGCAAAGAAGCGCAAGCUGGCUGCCCCGCCGGAAGAGAAGCGCCUGCGCAGAUUCCGCACCUCCCCCCCACAAUCCUUCCACGCCAUCCACGAGCGCGCAACAACCCAGCGCUUCUUCGUCCUUCGCCGCACGCGCCGCGACACGCCCGACCACCCGUCGGAGGAGAUCGAGCUGGCGGGCUGGACGGGCAACCUGUACCGCGUGACGGUGGGGCCCGUGGUGCUGUGCGACUGCGCGCACGCCCGCGGCGGCGAGGUCGAGGAGGAGGACGACCCGCGCGGCGUCUCGCGGCUGUGCAAGCACAUUGUGUUUGUACUCGGGCGCGUCCUGCGCGCCAGCGAGAGGUACACGUACCAGCUCGCCCUGCUGGCCAAGGAGCUGCGGCGCAUCUUUGCGUACGCGCCGACGGGUGGGCACCAGGGGGACGAGGAUGGGAGGAGGAGGGACCGGGAGCUCGGCUCGGGCGACUGCCCCAUCUGCUUUGGCGAGCUGGAUACCCGCCGCAGAGGCUAUGGCUAG